ACUUGGAGUUGAAAAAAGAAAAUUAUCUGAAGAAAGCUUUUCCUGGAGAAAUUUGGGAAAUUGAACGAAACAAUAUUUUUCGAACAUUAAAUCGACUAAGAAUUUUUUUGCGCAAAAUUAAUAAGCAAGAAUAAGAUUAAUAAGCCGCAAUUUUCAGAGAACUGUCGAUACUAUUGGGCAUAACCCACUUGAUAAUUGAGGAAAAUUGAUACAGAUAAACAAAUAAAAAUGCAUUACUGGAUGCUGCUGUACAGCGUGUAUGGAAAGCCCUCCCUGCAGCGCGGCGCCGCGUCGACGUGAGACUAUAAGUAAGUCUCGCACUGCGGGUGGCGACUUAAUGUCGUUGCCGCGUCCGUGGCGCCAAGAGGAAGGCCGAUCACGAUAAUUCGUCGAGACACUCUGACUCGUCUCGAUACGUGUGUUGAUCGAUCAAAAAAAAAAAACAAAAAAUAAUAACAAAAAGAAAAAAAAGUCCAAUUGGUGUGACAAUUCCGCCUCGAGGAACUAAAAAUCUCAACCACCCCCACGAAAGAAAAAAAAAGAGAAAAAUGUUUCUAAUGAGCCCCAGUUGAUAGUGUCAGUGCAGUGGAAUUUUGAUAACUUGUUGCUUCUGUGCUCAAAAGAAUCAAUUUUUUUUUUUUUAACAAAAAAUAUAAAUUUUUCGAUUAAAAAAAAAGGUGAAAUAAUAGUGUGGAGUGUCCAAUGUGGAACCAAUAGGAACAGGAAUUUAAAUUUUUUUUUCGCAAAAACUCGAAAGGAUUAUUUUUUUUACACACAACUUGCCUGCGUGAAUCGACAAAAUAUUUCUCAUGGAUCAUCUCUAGGCAAAAGAAAAAAAGAAAAUUAUAUAGAGUAUUUUUUUUUGAAAUCAUGUCGGGAUUGUUGUAUACACUAUUGGGAUUGGCAGCGAGUUCAAGUCUUCAUUGUGCUGUCAGGCGGGAAAUCAGCCCCUGUACAUGCCGUCAAGAGGCGCCGAUUAUUAAUCCAAGUUUGAGUAAUAAUGGAAAUAAUAACAAUGGAAAUGGACACAUUCAUUUGGAACGAAUUGAAGUUGUUUGCGAAAAAAUGGAAUCAUUCGAUCAGGUUGCGGAGGCGCUUAGCGGGAAAUUCACCCCCGAACAGCAGAUAACAUUGAGGGUGUCACAUUCACAAUUGCGCGACAUAUCGAGGCAUGACUUUAAGGAGCUGAGGAUGUCCAUCGUUAGACUUGACCUUAAUCACGAUCAUCUUGUGAAUGUGAAUGGUGACGUUUUCGCGGGUUUAAGUCGGACGCAGUACAUGAGCCUCGCGGACAAUGAAGUGCCAUCAGUACCGAGGAAAAUUUUAUCUCACCUUCCGCUUUUGAGAACUCUCGACCUUAGCAGAAAUAGAAUCAGUCGCAUUGAAGCGGACGACUUUAAGUACAAUCCUGUGUUACAAUUUUUACUCAUGGCUGGAAAUACUUUAUCGGAAAUGGUACCUGGUUCAUUACCGCCUUUGAUAAAACAACUGCACGUCGGGAGAAAUCAUUUAAAAACAUUGAAUCGAACUUUGAGAGAUCUUAAUCAACUCGAAUUGCUUUUUAUAAAUUCGAACGAAUUAACGUAUUUGGACGGUGAAUUACCAUCGUCGGGUCAUAAUUUAAAAAUGCUCUAUGCCGCUGACAAUAAGUUGACUCAUUUACCACCUGAAUUUCGUUUUCUACAUCGACUCGAAACACUUUUCCUUCAACAUAAUCGAAUCAAGAGUCUUGAUGGAAACCUUAGUAAAGCGAGACGUUUGAAACUCUUGGAAUUAUCCUACAAUAAUAUCCAAGAGCUGACAGAUGAGGACUUUGUCGAAGUGGAAAAUCUUGAGAAUCUUGAGUUGGGUCACAAUUCAUUGAAAUCACUGGGUGGCGAUGGCAAUGAAAGUGGAGAUGGCGGUGGACACAGUGCCCUUUAUCCAUUGAGAUCAUUGAGAUCUUUAAAUUUGACGCACAAUGAAUUGCGUAAAUUUUCCUUUGCUUCUUUACGCGGAUUACGAGAACUUCGUUUACUCGAUUUAUCCAACAAUAAAAUCGAUAGAUUACUACGAGGGAAGCCUUCGGAGAAUCUUGUUGAAGAAGAAGGCGACGAGACGGCUGGCGCCAGUAUCCAGGAUAUGAGAUUACAGCAUAACGAGCUGCGAAGCCUCGAAGGCUCGUUAUUUGUUGGUAUGAAGGAAUUACAGAGACUGAACCUCAGCCACAAUGCACUCGGACCAACGAUCGGACCUCAUGACUUACGUGGCUUGGAAGGCCUUCGAGUUCUUGAUCUUUCUCACAACGAACUCAUCACCCUCGAAGACACUUCCGAGACGUGGCUUCCGUUAUUGGAAGAAUUGAAUGCAUCACAUAAUCGACUAGUCACACUUUCGGAUCGAGACUUCCAGGGAUUCCCUGGUUUAUGUUGGGCUGAUGUUAGCGCAAAUCAAAUUCGUUCCUUAAUACCGGAACUCGUCGCUAAUACUCGAUGUACAGUUCAUGGAGUGCCUGAUGUACUUCGUAUUUAUUUACAAGACAAUCCAGUAUUGUGUGACGCCGGCUUGGCCGAUUUAACAGUGGCACUGGAGGUAAAUCACGCGAAAGUUUAUGGCUUUGCGAACGAUUGUCCAACAACGCAGACGAUAACAAUGUCGACAGAAUCGACAACUUUGCCACCGUUACCGCCAACUCUUUUCUUAGCGGCUGCAGCUGCCGCUUCCGGUGGCAAUGUUUCGUUUGCAGCGACCCUCGAGUAAAAGCAAAAAAAAAAAAAAAAAAAGCGAGGAAAAUUUUUUUGUUAUUUAACGCGAAGGAUUAUUUUAUUAUCCAAGGGGUAGGCUAGAGCCUAGGGAUGAUACCCAAAUGUCCCCAAAAAAUAAGACCCACAUUUCAAAAAAAAAAAAAAAAAAGAAAAUCACUCGCUU